CCCCGCCAGGUGGGACGAUGAUGUACAUGCAACCACUGGAUCCUCAUCAAGGCACCCGACGUCGGGUAUAUUCAGCCGUCGCGUAUAUGGAAUAGCAACACGAUCAGCUCCCGUCUCCAGCCGUGUCUGAGCUCUCGCACUCUCGUAAACGCCCGAGUGAACUCGUGGAGUGGUGAUAACCCCUUUAAAAGGCUCAUCGUCGUCGUCGUCGUCGUCGUCGUCUAAGGCCCGCGCUCCCCGCAAGACCGACACCGAGCCCCGAGCCGGCAUAUUGAACCAUUGAGAAGAGCAAGAAGAAAUUGUCGCCAUGGCUGACAUCACAAUCACGGGCUUCCGCUCGCGCGACGUGCGCUUCCCGACCUCGCUCGACAAGACGGGCUCUGAUGCCAUGAAUGCCGCUGGCGAUUACUCGGCCGCGUACUGCAUACUCGAGACCGACUCACCCCACUCCGGCCAUGGCAUGACCUUCACCAUCGGGCGCGGCAACGACAUCGUCUGCGCCGCCAUCGACCACGUCGCCGACCGGCUUCGCGGCCGCACCCUCUCCUCUCUCGUCGCUGACUGGGGUCAGACGUGGCGUUACCUCGUCUCCGACAGCCAGCUGCGGUGGAUCGGCCCUGAAAAGGGUGUCAUCCACCUCGCCCUCGGUGCCGUCGUCAACGCCCUCUGGGACCUCUGGGCCAAGUCCCUGGGCAAGCCCGUCUGGCGCAUCGUCGCCGACAUGACCCCCGAGGAGUUCGUUCGCUGCAUCGACUUCCGCUACAUCACCGACGCCAUCACCCCCGACGAGGCCCUCGACAUGCUGCGCGCCCAGGAGCCCGGAAAGGCCGGGCGCGUCGACGAUGCCCUCGCCAACCGCGCCGUCCCCGCCUACACCACCAGCGCCGGCUGGCUGGGCUACGGCGAGGACAAGAUGCGCACCCUGCUGCACGAGACGCUCGGACAGGGCUACCGCCACUUCAAGCUCAAGGUCGGCGGCAGCCUCGACGACGACCGCCGUCGCCUGUCCAUUGCCCGCGAGGUCCUCGGCUACGACAAGGGCAACGUCCUCAUGGUCGACGCCAACCAGAUCUGGUCCGUUCCCGAGGCCAUUGAACACAUGACCCAGCUGGCCGACUUCAAGCCGUGGUUCAUCGAGGAGCCCACCAGCCCCGACGACAUCAUUGGCCACCGGUCUGUCCGCGAGGCCCUCAAGCCCUACGGUAUCGGCGUCGCCACGGGCGAAAUGUGCCAAAACCGCGUUAUCUUCAAGCAGCUACUCAUGACCGGCGCCAUCGACGUCUGUCAGAUCGACGCCUGCCGUCUCGGAGGCGUCAACGAGGUGCUCGCCGUGUUGCUCAUGGCCAAGAAGUUUGGCGUCCCUAUCGUCCCUCACUCGGGCGGCGUCGGCCUGCCAGAGUACACGCAGCAUCUGAGCACCAUCGACUACGUCGUCGUGAGCGGCAAGGUGUCCGUGCUCGAGUAUGUCGACCACCUCCACGAGCACUUUCUCCACCCAUCUGUUAUCAAGGACGGCUACUACCAGACGCCGACAGAACCGGGCUACAGUGUCGAGAUGAAGGCCGACAGCAUGGACCGGUAUACAUACCCGGGCGAGAAAGGUAUAAGCUGGUGGACGAGCGACGAGGCAAGGCCCAUCUUGGAGGGGGACAAGAUUUAAUGUAUGUCGACAACUAGUAGCAAGCAGCGGGUGUGUUCGAUAGAGGGUCAGGUUUUGCUGGUAUCUGUGGUCAUCCACGACGGGCU